AAUUUUUAUAAGAAUUUCAAACGCGAGCAUGUCUCUUGUGCCCACAACAUAUCGCGAUUUGGUUAGGGAAUUGGAUCGCCCGUUGUCGCGUCCGCCGUAUCAACCCUACGAUUACCAGCUGUAUCCAUAUCUGUGGGAUGAUCCGCGACAUUGGUGGCGCUCAAACAGUCUCGAGUCUCUGCGCCCUUUAGAUGAGCUGGUGACCAGACGAGUGCGCAAUCAGCUUAUACAGUCAACGCCCUACGAGUGGGCGUAUCCCAUGCGCUGGGAUAACUACUAUGCCGGCGAGCGUGUUCAUGCAGAUGAAAAGGGAUUUCGUGUUGACAUCGAUGUGCGUCAGUUUCGUCCCAGCGAAAUUGUGGUCAAGACCAACGAUGAUUAUGUCAUAGUCGAAGGUAAUCAUAAUAGACGCAAUGAGGGCUCCAAUGGCUUUGUGGAGCGUCAUAUUGUGCGUAAAUAUCUCCUUCCGCGAGGUUACAAUGCCAACGAGGUCAUCUCAGAUAUAUCCAGCGAUGGCAUCUUGACCAUUAAAGCGCCACCGCCGCCUCCAAGCAAGUACUAUAAUCCAGGUGAGCGUUUGGUGCGGGUCCAUGAAACGGGCAAGAUGGCGCUGCCUUGGAAAUAGUGCCAUUGCCUUUACACGCUUGCUUAAUCCCUGGGCGUAUGUUCAAAUUCAAGGUGAACUAUUUUUAAACGAGCAGCAACUGCAAAAUGCAAUUUAGUUUUAAAAUAAAGUCUAUACAUACGUUUUGUACAAUAUUUGCAGUGUAUAAAUAAUAUUAAAUGCGCAAUAAAUCGAAUCAAAUUUUUAA